CAAUCGGAAUUUCGCCUUUGCUAUAGCACUCAAUUAUUUUGAUUUUCACGUAUGCAUAAAUAUGGCUUUCAAAAUUCAUUAGUAUCGCACAAAUGCAACAAAAAAUUAAAUUCAGCUGUAACUUUCACAAAUUGUACUCAAAAUGUUGAAUUAGCAAUUAAACUUUUAACAUCAUAAACACGUUCGAUAAUUUAAAAUUUAAAAAUUUCUUUACACAAUUAUGUCCGAUGGCCCAUGUCAAUCUGUGCUGGGAAAAAUUUUCAAUCAAUUCGUUGAAUCCUAUUGGGAUAUCUGGAACGUCAGUCAAAAUAAGCCAUCAGCAUGUCCCUCGAAACGGAAGAAAAUGGAAGAAGAAGAAGCAGCAAGGCUAACUGGAAAAAGUAGCGAAGGAACGGGUGAAGGAGGAGUUGAAGGAAGAGUUGAAGUAGGAGUUGGUGGAGGAGUUGAAGGAGAGGGCUAUGCAGAGGACUAUGCAGACAGCUAUGCAGAUCGCUCUGCAGAAUCAGAAUCUGGAAUCGAAGGUUACAGAGAUCCCUCAGGGAAGAGAUCACCAUACGUUCUUCCCAGUCAGAUUUGCCCUGACUCCAACAAAUCGUGUUGCUUUAUUAAAAUGCAGGAUCCUUGUGCACCUUGCUGUUGUGAGACGAAACCGAAGCUCCCACCCUGUCCACCUUGUCCACCCAAAUAUGGUCCUCAGGAACCACGUCAGCCGAUAUGCGGCUGCAAUCUUUGUCAGAAAGAUCCCAACAAUAGCAAAUGUUGCGACAAGAAUAGAGCGUUCCGCGGUAUAAGCCUCGAUGCAAGAUAUUUUGAAAAAGCCUGAACGUAACAAAAAAAAAUAUCAGGAACUGAAGACUGUAUAAUACAAUAAAUACCGUAGAAGAAACGUAA